UAUGUGACGUGUGUAAGAAGCCAGGGGUAGGCAAGACGUGGACUCGAACCUCCCACCAUGCCGGAGUGGAGCUCGGCGUGCACGUUUUGGUGCCGGAAGUUGUGCGCAGACGUCCAUGUCAAGUUCCAGAAGAAGAAGAUCUUGACGUUCUCUGUGAUACUGGGGACUCUCCUGUUUGUUUCGGUCGGGACUUUGUGGUUUAACAACUCCAGUGGGCUGACCUACAAAAUUAUCUACAUAGAAAACACGUCAUCGCCGCACCCAAUGACGUCAUCCCCCACCCCCAGCGGGUCAACUGUGAGCGUGGGGCCACCCAAACUCCAAGUCUUGCUGAUGACCUACGGCCGGAGCGGCUCGUCCUUCACCUCUGCCCUCAUUAGCCACCACCCCGAUGUUUUCUUCACCUUUGAACCUUUGUAUGUCGUUAUGAGGCAGAUAGAGGCUGAACAGAGAAAGCCUUUCGUGGGAUGGCACCGACUACGUACAUUUGCUAAAAAUGACAAAGAGCUAGAAUCAAGGGCCAUAAUCAAUGCAUUCCUAAACUGUAAAUUUCAACUGGAAGAUAUCUAUGCUUUAGACAACGCCCAGCACAAGAACAGUGACGCCACUAAAGAUUUCUACGUGUGUUUACGUGCAAAAAAAGAUGGCGUCCUCCACCUUGCCUGUUUCCUCCACUUUUUAAAAACCUGCCAGAACCACAAGACAACUUUUGUAAAAACCAUCCGAUUCCGCGCCAAGUGGGCCGAGUGGUUCCUGGAGAACAGUCCAAAUUUUAAACUUCUGUUUUUGGUCCGAGACCCGCGGGCGACCCUGUACUCCCAGUCUCAAGUGUUCCGGGACUUUGACUGGAAAACUGAGGUCCACAACGUCUCUACUGGACACUGCAAGGUCCUGGAGGAAGACCUGAGCCAAGCAGAACGUCUGUCAGCGCUGUACCCAGGUCGGGUCAAGGCCAUUCGGUACGAGGAAGGCGCCAUGGACCCUUACAACUACACCCGGAGAAUCUACGAGUUCCUGGGCCUCGAUCUGAACGAGGCGGUCUUGGAUUACAUACGCAACAUCACAAACUCCACAGCGGAUGUUAAACAGACACAAAAGGCUUACAGCAUUGUGAAGAAUAACUCGACCCUGGCCAUGAACCGUUGGCGCUACGGGGCGGGGUUUGCCAGCGUUAAGGUCACGGAUAGAAACUGUGGGCACUUGUAUUCGAAACUUGGGUACAAGUUUGUUCGUUCUCAGAGGGAUCUGGAGUCGGAUAGGUCACUGGUGGAUAGACCGGAACCUGGAGGCUUGUUUGACUAGGUGUUCGUACUCUGAAGCAGGAUAACAUGAUCCUGGAGUGUUGUUCGAACUCCGAAGCAGGAUAACCUGAUCCUGUUGAUUGUUCGACUAAGUGUUCGUACUCCGAAG